AUGGGGAACGAGCUGACUAGUUAUAGGGCUUCCAAUAACAGCCAAGACAAGGCUCUUCCCGUUACCGACGCAAAGGAACCAGACCCGAGCAUCUGGGUCCUUAAGGCAACGGAUAACGGCCAUCACAUCACAUCCCAAACCGCCUCGCAUGCCAUGCAUACGCACUUGGUCCCAACAGUAUGGGCCAAUCUGCACCGGAAUCACAUCCGCGGCCGGGGAGACACCGCAGCCGCACCGCAGGAUAAGGCAAAGUUCGGGCCUCCCACUCUUGCGAACCGUUCGCCUGGAAGGGCUUUGAAACCCAAAUCCUGGACAGAACUGCUUCGAAGCAAGGGAAGAACACCCUAUCUGGGACGUUUUGGCAUCUGUGUCCGCGGGAUUUUAGCAGCUGGAAGCAGUCAGACGGAGCAUUUGACCACAGCUGAACUGCCAUGUAACAAUGUCAUUUCCUAUGCUGCAAACACCUUCCUCCUCCAGCCCCGCACAAGGGUGAUCACACACACGCAAAAAGGCGGGAAGACCCAAGCCAGCGGAACGGGAAACUAA